CUUCAUCUUGCCAUCUAGACUAUGAAAGUCUUUACAAUCAGCUAACUGAACUCAUUUCAUACACGCAAGUUUUCUAAGAUCUGUGCGAAAAUUUUAGCAUUUUCACGUGCAAUUUAUAUGUUCAAGAUGUGCUAGAUUGGUAGAAUGAGAUAUACCCAGAAACGAGCUGAUCCUAGAAUAACCAGUCCUGAUUCCUGAAGUUUCCCUCAGAAAACCAUCUAGAGAUCGAAGCAACAGACCAGCAGCAAUGGAGGCGCUCUACUUGCUGGGCUCCCUGACCACCACGCUCCUCACCUCCACCGUCUUCUCCCUCCUCCUCCUUCUCCGCCUCCCAUUCGCUACCCGCCCUGCUCCCGGCGGUGGUGGCGCGCGGCUCUACGAGGGCCGCGUCCGGCACUCCCGCCGGCGGCCGGCGGGGCACGCCUUCGAGUACGCCGUGCGCUACGCCCUCGUCGACCUCGAUCUCCUCCCCCUUCCUGGCUACCUCUCCGCCGCCGAGGCCCGCCGCAUCGCCUCCACCUCUGGCCCCGUGCGUCUCCUGACGGUACCCAAGAGCGUGGGGUAUGAGCAGAACCCACUCAGCGUCUACUACUGCUACGAUGAGGCGGCGCAAGAACAGGAUGAAGACCUCAAGAUGUGCAUUGCUGAAGUCACAAAUACUCCCUGGGGGGAGAAGGUGAUGUUUACCUUCCAGCCGGGUUCUGAUCUUGUUGCAAAACCUUUGCAUGUCAGCCCUUUCAUGGAUAUGCUUGGCAACUGGAGUAUUCGUGCUGACGCCCCAGGCAAUAAUCUUUAUGUGGCUAUUUCGGUUCAACAUCCAACACUUGGAAACUAUUUUACUGCAGCUUUGCAAGCCAAGUUAGUUGGGCAGACAAGUGACUCUGUUAAGCUAGCAACAUUCUUCUGGCUGAUGCCUCAUAAGGUUGCUGCAGGGAUAUACUGGGAGGCCUUCAGGCUUUGGCUGAAGAAUGUCAGGUUUCUGGACCAUCCGAGGUACCUGAGCCUGAGCUACAGGGACGAAGCUCUGAAGCGUGACCUCGAGAUCCGCUCCUCAUGCAGCUUCCUUGGUCAGAAACCGAAAGUGGACAUCGGAAGCAGCGGCAUGGAGACGGACGAUGAAAUGACCAAAAACAACCAUCCGGACUUCAAAGAUGCUGGAGGGAGCGUCAGGGGGAGGUGGUGCGUGUGGAGGGAUGCUCAGUGGCCGUGGUGCUGAUGACAGGGCCAUAAACAUAGUGGUCAUAUGAUCUGCUCAGAGGAAACUGUUGCGAAAUUCUUGCCAUGCACACACGAGAUGUAAGUACAGUGCCAAAAGAUGAUGAUUCAUGAGGCGCAAUUUAAUUUCGUGGAAACAAAAAACCACCAGAGUUAACAAACAUGAUCAUCUGUGUGUGAAUAGAUUACACCCGUAUAA